AUGAUUGAAUUAUCUUCAGCUUCAUCAUCAUCAUCAUUUCCAUCAAUGGGAUUAGUUUCAUCACCACCUCGUUCAGUUUGUUCAACUACGAAUUCUUCAAAUAGUCCAAAUGUUGUUGUACCAACACGUUUACAUAAAUUUUCAUGUCCCGAAAUGGAAAAACUCAAACAAAAAUAUCGCAUACAACAUACAAGUUGUUUUACACAUUUACAAACACUUAUUAAUAAAAAUCGAAUAUCCAAAUGUCGUGAAUGUGGUUUACAUGAACAAUGUCGUAUAUGUUUAGAAUGUUCAUUAUGUUUAUGUCGUCAUCAUGCUCAACAUCAUGCACGAAUAUGUUCUCAUCCACUUGCUAUUGAUAUAAAACGUCUUUUUGUUCAUUGCUAUAUAUGUCGUGAUGUUCAGUAUGAUUCAGUUUUUGAACGUGCAAGACGAAAAAUUAUUUUAUUUCAACAAAAUCCAUCAAAUAUAUCAUCUUCAUCAUCAAUGAUUGGUGGUAUUUGUGGUCUUCUUAAUCUCGGUAAUACAUGUUUUAUGAAUAGUGUUUUGCAAGCUUUUGUUCAUGCACCUGUUCUUCGGGAUUGUUUUCUUUCGGAAAAACAACAUCAUUGUGAAUCAAAUGAUACAAAUCAUAUAUUAAAUAAUUGUAUUAUGUGUCAAUUACGUCGAUUAUAUCAUCAUGUUCAUCAAGGGCAAACAACAAAUGAACCAUUUGUUCCAUCACAAUUAUUAUAUUUAAUAUGGACACAUGAAAAUCAUUUAGCUGGUUUUGAAGAACAGGAUGCACAAGAAUUACUUAUGGCUUUAUUUAAUAUAAUACAUUCACAAAAUUCAAAUGAUAAUACGAAUGAUGAAAAAUCAUGUUCAUGUAUUAUUGAUCGAUUUUUUAAAGGUGCUCUUCAAUCUGAAAUAACAUGUUCUCAAUGUGGAUCUGUUUCGACAAAAAAUGAUCUUGUUCGAGAUAUAUCUCUUCAAUUGCCAUUUUCAUCAUCAAACGGUAUAUUUACACAUUCCGAAACAUUAAGUAAUUUUUACUGUGAUAAAUGUCAAAUGUCAAUGACAGCAAAUAUAAAAUUGACGAUAUCUCAAGCACCGAUUGUCGCUUGUUUUCAUCUUAAACGUUUUCAAUAUGUAAAAAAAUCUCGUUCAAAAAUGCGUAAAAAAAUCUCCGCACAUAUAUCAUUUCCUGAUGAACUUGAUUUAACACCAUAUAUGACAAUAACUAAUUUAACUAAAGAAAAUAAUAAAUAUUAUUUAUUUGCUGUUAUUAGUCAUUUUGGUUCAUCAGUUGAAACAGGACAUUAUAUGUGUUAUGUUAAACUUCAAUUACAAAAUCGAUGGUUUCGAUGUGAUGACCAUUGUGUAUGUGAAGUGUCCGCUGAAGAAGUAUUUAAAAGUGAAUGUUAUCUUUUGUUCUAUCAACGUAUCAUAGUGAAUCCAACGAGCUAA